GUUUUAGAAGAUGGGAACUACAAUUCCCAGAAGGCUGUACAGUCGAGAGCCUGGGACGGCCUUCUGAGGGACUCCGCUAGUUUUAGCACGGUGGGCUCUAUCCCAGCCGGAUGUAGUGGCCUGACCUGGUGAGAUGGUCGGGCCAGCGGGGCUCGUCCCUCCUGGAGCCACCCCUAGGAAGUGAGUCCUGGAGGAGGCGAGGGUUGUUCCAGUUGUUGAGAAGACUAUGAACAGAUCAGAGAACUUUCCUGGUUCCUCAUUAGCAUCCCAAGUUCAUGCUGCUGCUAUUAAUGGAGAUAAAGGUGCUCUCCACAAGCUCAUCAUAGGCAACUCAGCCCUUAAAGACAAAGAAGAUCAAUUUGGGAGAACACCACUUAUGUAUUGUGUGUUGGCCGACAGACUGGACUGUGCAGAUACUCUCCUGAAGGCAGGAGCAGAUGUUAAUAAAACUGACCAUAGCCAGAGAACAGCCCUCCAUCUUGCAGCUCAAAAGGGAAAUUAUCGUUUCAUGAAACUUCUGCUUACACGUAGAGCAAACUGGAUGCAGAAGGAUUUAGAAGAAAUGACUCCUUUACACCUGACUACCCGGCACAAGAGCCCUAAAUGUUUGGCACUUCUGCUGAAGUUUAUGGCACCAGGAGAAGUGGAUACACAGGAUAAAAACAAGCAAACAGCUCUGCAUUGGAGUGCCUACUACAAUAACCCUGAGCAUGUGAAGCUGCUCAUCAAGCAUGAUUCCAACAUUGGAAUUCCUGAUGUUGAAGGCAAGAUCCCACUUCACUGGGCAGCCAACCACAAAGACCCAAGUGCUGUUCAUACUGUGCGGUGCAUUCUGGAUGCUGCUCCAACAGAGUCUUUACUGAACUGGCAAGACUACGAGGGUCGAACACCUCUUCACUUUGCAGUCGCUGAUGGGAAUGUGACAGUGGUUGAUGUCUUGACCUCAUACGAAAGCUGCAAUAUAACAUCCUAUGAUAACUUAUUUCGAACCCCACUUCACUGGGCAGCUUUACUAGGGCAUGCACAGAUUGUCCAUCUCCUUUUAGAAAGAAAUAAGUCUGGAACCAUCCCAUCUGACAGCCAAGGAGCAACACCCUUGCACUAUGCAGCUCAGAGUAACUUUGCUGAAACAGUUAAAGUGUUUCUAAAACAUCCUUCAGUAAAAGAUGACUCAGACCUUGAAGGGAGAACAUCCUUUAUGUGGGCUGCUGGGAAAGGCAGUGAUGAUGUCCUUAGGACUAUGCUGAAUUUAAAAUCUGACAUUGACAUUAACAUGGCAGAUAAAUAUGGAGGCACAGCUUUGCAUGCUGCUGCCCUUUCUGGCCAUGUCAGCACUGUGAAGUUAUUAUUGGAAAAUAACGCUCAAGUAGAUGCUGCUGAUGUCAUGAAACAUACUCCACUUUUCCGUGCCUGUGAGAUGGGACACAAAGAUGUCAUUCAGACACUUAUUAAAGGUGGAGCAAGGGUAGAUCUGGUUGACCAAGAUGGGCAUUCUCUUCUGCAUUGGGCAGCGCUGGGGGGAAAUGCUGAUGUCUGCCAGAUAUUGAUAGAAAAUAAGAUCAACCCAAAUGUGCAGGAUUAUGCAGGAAGAACCCCGCUGCAGUGCGCUGCAUAUGGGGGAUACAUCAACUGCAUGGCAGUGCUUAUGGAAAACAACGCAGAUCCUAACAUUCAAGACAAAGAGGGAAGAACAGCUUUGCACUGGUCCUGUAACAAUGGAUACCUUGAUGCCAUUAAAUUACUCUUAGACUUUGCUGCUUUCCCUAAUCAGAUGGAAAACAAUGAAGAGAGGUACACUCCCCUUGAUUAUGCAUUGCUUGGUGAGCGCCAUGAAGUGAUCCAGUUCAUGUUGGAACACGGGGCCCUGUCCAUCGCAGCUAUACAGGACAUCGCAGCCUUCAAAAUCCAGGCCGUCUACAAAGGGUACAAGGUCAGAAAAGCUUUCCGAGACCGGAAAAAUCUCCUCAUGAAGCAUGAGCAGUUGAGAAAAGACGCUGCUGCCAAGAAGCGAGAAGAGGAAAACAAGCGAAGAGAGGCAGAACAACAGAAGGGAAGGUUGAGUCCAGAUUCCUGCAGACCUCAAGCCCCUCCCCAUUUGCCCAGCACCCAGUCUGAGCCUCACAGACAGAGCUGUGCCCCUAGCAAACAGCCUCCCUGUAGCGACACAGCCCAGGGCCCUGAGCAGAAAGCCUGCAGACAAUCUCCAGGCAGAGAGACUCCAAGCAGAGCCCCCCAGAAGGAGCAGCGUCUUUCCCCCAACUUUCCAAGAACAGGCCCCAGAAAACCAAGAGAGAAAGCCAGAGAACAUUCUAAAGGCCGAUCUGCCUGUGUCCACUUCAGUCCCAAAGAAGGCAAUGAUGGAAACAGGCGUCCAGGGGUGUCCUCUGUUGAGAAGUCCAGAGGUGAGACAGUUGGCGAGCAGCAGUGUGACAAGGGGAAAGGCUCCUUGAAGCAGCCCUCCUGUGUCCGGGGGGCUGGGCCUGACGAGGAGGGAGAGGAACCCAGUCAGGCAACUGCAAGCCUUCCACAGCAGGACGGCCACCAGAAGCCCAGCCGGCGGCAGGACGCAGCACCCAAAGCCAAAUGUGCCUCCCAGAAAAGGCGCAUCCAAGAGCUCAGAGGAGGAAGGCGCUCCCCGGCUGGGUCCAGCCGGCCUGGCAGUGCCAAAGGGGAGGCGGUCCAUGCUGGGCAGAGUCCUCUCCACCACCGGACACCAAGAAACACAGUGACUCAGGACAAGCUCGCAAGAGGGACUUACUCAGAUUUGCCAGAGAGCACAGAGGUGUUGAGGUCAGGAGUCAGGAAGCUGGGGACAUCUGCCCUGUCUGAGGACGCUCAGCUGUCAAAGGAGACUGAUCCAGCACCUGGUCUCCUGUCUGGGCAGAGUGUGAAUAUUGACCUUCUCCCCGUAGAGCUGCGGCUGCAGAUAAUCCAGAGAGAACGAAGCAGGAAAGAGCUGUUUCGAAAAAAGAACAAGGCAGCGGCCGUCAUCCAGCGGGCCUGGAGAAGCUACCAGCUCAGGAAGCACCUGUCCCAUCUUCUGUACAUGAAGCAGCUUGGAACCAGAGACAUGGAUAGAUGGAAUCGAAACUGCAUGGCCUUGAUCCUCCACGCUUGGAGGAAGAACUUGGAACUGAAACCCCCAAAAGCCAUGGCAGUAAGCAGAACCACCAAGAGUCCACCCAAGGGCAGCUCAGCCACAAAGCUCACCAGGCACUCAGUGCUCAAGCAAAUCUACGGUUCUCAAGAAGGGAAACUACGUCAACCCACACGAUCUUCAAAAGCCCACGCUGUACUGAGUCUCAACUCAGUGAGCAACUUGCAGUGUAUACACCUCCUUGACAACAGUGGAAGAUCAAAGAAUUUUUCUUAUAACCUGCAAUCAGCUAAUCCAUCAAAAAUCAAGACAAAGCUUCGACUGCCUAUGGAGGAAAACUGCCUGGGGACGCUCCAAUAGCUAGUGCAGAGUUCAGGUUCUGGUUCUCUGCCGAUUAUCUUUUACUCUUGUGGUAAACUAUCUAUGCCCAAAGCCUUACUAAUUAUUAUUAGCUUGAAAAUGUAACAAUUAAAAGAAAAUGUCUGUUUUCUUUCUGCUCUUA